AGCAUUGUAUUCACGCGGUUUUCUUUGCCUCGACGAUUCCUCAGUCCAUGAGACGUCUUGAAUGUCUGCUAUCACCGGUUUUCGGCAACAGAAUGCUCCUCUCUGAGACCACGACCAAAAACGCCCAACAGUGUCCUAUCACGACAGCGGAUGUCGGUCGGGUCAGAGUCGCCACGUGGAACAUCGGCUCUGUACAGACGAACCCUCUGGAGUUCUGCGACGAUUCCGAUCAGCGAUUCACGCACUUCCUCAAGGAGUUCCAGUCAACCGCUGAGGCUUUGGACGCUGCUGGUGUUACUGUCGGAGAUCUCCUGAGAGAGGCCUUCCCUUUUAACGUGAGGUCUGCCUUACUUGACAACUAUGACACUCUCGGUCUACAUUCUCUCGAGGCGUCUGCUGAAGCCUUUGAUCCCCUCGCGCAGCUCAAAAUCUGGUCGGGAUUCCUCAACAGCACGAGCAUCGGUGACAGUCGUAUCAUUUCUUGGCCGGACCGUUUCACUAACGUCAUUGGGAACGGUCGGUGUAGGCCCUCUAUGAUUUCCUGUUACACUGGAGAGCUGUCUUGUACCAAGACCUGGUUGGAGAACUGGAUGAGCUUUAUGACGAGAGCCCGUAUACCUCCUUUGAAUGUGGAGAAGUAUAAUGUUGAAGCUUCCUAUAGGGAGAAUUACCAGUCGUUCUCACUCGCGGGUCUGGCAUUGUUCGACUCAGUACUUAUUGCCAUCUCCGAGCGGACCUCAGUAGACUGGCAGACGAUGCGUCUCGAUCGCAUCAAGUCGAUUACGCAACGCCCUCGACAACUCGUGGAGUAUGUUGCGCGAUACCUGUUCGGUCCCAAGGACAUGAUAAUGCUGCAAGAAGUCUCCGGAGAGAUCCUAGAUCGAAUUCUCUCGGUGGAUGAGAGUAAAGGAUAUGACCUGAUCGUCGAGCCGUCUCCCAAUGUGACGAAACAGCGAUCUGUGAUAUUCAUUAAAAAGGGCUGUGGCUUAGCUCUUGAGGUGAAGGCUUCCGAAACAGUGAGGGAGGCGAUAAGAGAUGAAGGCGAACGACGAGGUCUGGCAUCGGGAGAUCUGUCUGUCGCUGUUGUUACCACCCCGAAUGGUCAGCCACUGUUACUCGCGAGCUUCCAUGGUGAUACCAACGGUCGUUUAACAAUCCCAACUCUUGAGAUUCUGAGAAGCCUUGACUUACCUUUACUGGCGGGUGUUGAUGCUAACUGCUAUGCUGAUGCGGGCUCGCGAAACUUGGCAGUGCGAGAUUUUCUCGAGGCGCUCAACCGUAUGGGUAUUCAUCAUACUAGACCGACUACGACGACAAGGAAUCGUCGAACACCCUUGCAGGCUCAGUCGGCUAAAACCGGCGUCGUCGAUGAGAACCCAAAGGACUACGUUCUGCUUAGGGGUGAAGGGAUGACGAUUGGCAAAACUCUGAUGGACGACGGAGUGAGCAAUGACCGUCCGCUGCCGAACUCGUGUUUCCCGUCUGAUCACGCGAUAGUCGAGACCGAAGUUGGCUGGUAA